CUGGAUCGAGGGUAAAAUCCAAGAUGGCGCGUGAACGCGCUAGUUCUGCGAUAACUCCUUUGACGGAAACUACUUUGUUUGUGGGUCCAAAAACUCCAGAUGAAAUGAAACGAAUGAUACCUCAUCUAAUAAAGAUAGAUAAGGCUUUGUUUAGAAGGAUUUUACAAGUUAUUAUCUCAGUUUUGGAGGGAAACGUUCCUGAUGAUGGCCUACUCCAGAAGCUUCAGUCAGAAACUGUAACUGAGGAUAUGUUAUCCUCUUUGUAUGCUGGGCUUUACUCGCUACUGCGCAGUGCUCUGCGUUUGCCCCAGACCUCUUUAAAACCAGAACAGUUUAGGGCAGACCUCAAGGAACUGAAGAUUCCUGCAGAAUUAGUUCCUGAUCUCUCAAGUGUUGUGUUUGGAGAAAAAAGACCAGCAUUUGAUGCAGCUGCUCUUCGAGACAGAAAUCACCUUCCAACUUUAGAUUCACUGCGAUGGCGAGUGGAUGUUGCCAUAUCCACUAGGUAA